AUGUUGACGCGCAGGUCUCCCGUCAAAGGUUCUCGUUUUCGGACACCCGCAAUGGCCCUCUCUGCUGCUGACCUGCAACGCAGACAUCAACUCGAGGGCGCUCCGGACCCCUUCCCCACUCUCACAGAAGCCCCCCAGUCCAAACCCAAGCCAGCCAACAAUGCUCAGCCGGACACGACCUCAGAAAUCGCUUUUCCUUCUCUCGCCUCGGCUGCACCCCCAGUUGCUUCAGCUCCCAGAGCCGCCGCUUGGGCUGCCUCGAGGCCCAAGGCAGUUGUGAAGCAGACGCCUGUGUUUGGCGACUCGUUCACUGUUGGUCGUAUGGAUCUCUCCAACACAGGCAAAGACGGUAAACCAGGCACUCUGGGAGACGUGAUGAGGCAGGUCAUGGCAAAGUACAAGGUCAAGAUUGAGGCUUCCGCCAACCAGAAGACUCGCCAGACCACUUUCCACCUCAAGGCUGAUACUGAGAAGGAGCUCGACAAGGCUAAGCGAAGCCUUCUCGCCCUUCUCAGCCCGACGGUUACCCUUACCAUAAACGCCCCGGUGUCCACCAUUGCGACCAUCAUUGGUCCCAAGGGUGCUACCCUCAAGCAGAUUCGUGACCAAACUAGCGUUCGAGUCGAUAUUCCUCCCAGAGCGACUGUCGUCCCCAAUGGUAACGGUCACGUUAACGGCAAUGCAGAUGAAGACGAGGAAGAGGCCACCGUGCCAGUCACUCUUACCGGCCCGGAACCUCUGGCCCUCGAGGCUCAAGCUCUUCUCAGUCAAAUCAUCUCCUCGAAAACGGCCAAAAGUACCCAGCGUGUCCGCGACAUCCCACCCCAUAUCCUUCCUUAUGUUAUUUCCCGUAAGGCUGUCUUCCAGGCCGCUGCCGCACCGGAAGAGGUGGCUCUCGCACUGAACUCUGUUGAGCGCGAGGUCACAGUCACUGGCGAACGCGAGGCUGUUGGACGUGUCGUGGAAUCCAUCAAAGGCACUAUCGAACACUACGCCAGCAAUUUAACUUCGCUCAAGAUGACGCUUCCCAAACGCCAGCACCGCUUGCUUGUUGGCAAGACCAACGACGAACUCGUCGCCAAGACCCGUUGCGUCGUCCUUAUUGCCAAGGCCGAUGAAUCCAGUGAUGAAGUUGUCGUUUGGGGCCAGAGUGCUGAUCUUCCUGGUGGUCUCGCAGCUGUGAUGGAACGGGCUAACUCCAAGUACAUUCACGAGUUCCCGCUUCCCGGCCCGAUUACAUGGUCGAAGCACCUUCUUACCUACAUCACGCGCAUCCAGUAUCCCAAAACUCUCAGCACUGCCCACCCUGGCGUCUCCAUUUUCACCCCUGAGCCCAGCGUUGUCGAGAAGGCUUCUAUCCUCAACAUUGAUAUCGUGGGCAACAAGCCUGAUGUUGACGCCGUUGUGCGCAAAGUAUCGGAACUAAUUGGCAAACUUAUUGGAGCUUUCAAAGAACUCUCGGUCGACUGGCUCGUUCAUCGCUUUAUUACAGGCAAAUAUGCUAAAAAAUUGAAGCAGUUCCACGACAGCCAUAACGUACAGGCUUUCUUCCCUCCCGAGUCGGCGGAACAAUCAACUAUUCUUUUGGUCUACGAUCCAUUGACUGCUAGAGCUUCUCCCUCUCCAGACGACAAGACACGGAACCUGGAAGAGGUGGCAAAGGAAAUCCUCAAGUUCGCCAAGGACGCUGCUGACGUCAAGAGCCAAACGAUCUCCGUUGAGAAGCGCUGGCAUGAUGCUAUCAUUGGAAAGAAUCGCACGACCUUGAACGCUAUCAUUGGAGAAGACACAACACUCUCGAUCAAGUUUGGCGCAGAAACUGGUGAUUCGGCUGGCGAGGAUGUGAUUGCGGUCCGAGGAGCAAGUGGCGAUGUCGACCGGGCUGUCAAAGAAAUUCUCAAGAUCGUUGAAAAUGCGAAGAACGAUGAGAUUGACAACAGCCAUUCCAUUGAAUUCGACGUCGAUCGCGAAUAUGUCGGCCGCAUUGUCGGUGCUCAAGGCGCUGGGGUCAACAAGCUUCGGGACCAGCUCGGCGUCAGAGUUGAUGUCUUGGACGAGGUCGACGACAAGGACACCGGAAAGAAAAAGAAAGGGCUUCACCAGAAGUCCAAGGUCAAAAUUACGGGCAGGAAGGAAAAUGUCGAAGAGGCUAAAAAACGAAUCUUGGCUCAGAUCGAGAGACUUGCGGACGAAACCUCUGAAGUCCUCAAGAUUCCUGCUCAGUACCAUUCCUCGUUGAUCGGACAGAACGGCAAAUACGCUAUCCGUCUUGAGGAGAAGUACUCGGUUAAAAUCACUUUCCCUCGUCAAUCAGCAGAGAAUGGCGAGGGCAAAACACGGGAAGCCCUCAAAUCGGACGAAGUUCUUGUCAAGGGCGGCAAGAAAGGCGUCGCAGGUGCUAAGUCGGAGUUGUUAGAAGCCGUCGAAUUUGAGAAGGAAUCUAACAACACCCUCAAGUUCACGGUUCCCAACCGUGCGGUGGCUCGCAUUCUCGGCAAAGGCGGUGCCUCAAUAAACGAAAUCAAGGACUCGACUGACGCACAGAUUGAUGUCGAUAAAUCCUCUGAGGACUCAGCAACGACCAACAUCACCGUUCGAGGCACCAAGAAGGCGAUCGCUGCUGCGAAAGCGGCCAUCCUUGCUAUUUCUGACGCAGUCACUGAGGAAACUACGGUCACGGUUUCUGUCGAGAGCAAAUUCCACCGCACUUUAAUUGGUGCUGGUGGACAAGGGCUUAAAGACAUUGUUACUCGUUGCGGCGGACCUUCGGAUCCCAAGUUACAAGCAGGUUUAAUCAGAUUCCCCCGUCCUGGUGAUGCUGCUAUCGACGAAGUCCGCCUUCGUGGUGAGCCUAAACUAGUUGCCAAGCUGAAGGAAGAGCUCGAGAAGGAAGUUACGCGUCUGCGUGACCGCGUUGUCCUUGCGGUCGAAAUUCCUGCAGCGCAACAUCGGGCACUUAUCGGACGAGGUGGUCAGCAUCUUAAUGAGUUGCAAGAGCGUACUGGUGUUCAAGUCCAAUUCCCGGGAUCCCGUUCUUACCACCAAGUUGGCGAGCCUCAGAAUGCGGAUGACUUUAAGGAUGUCGAUCCGGCCAACAUUGUCAAGGUAUCAGGACCGAGUGCAGGAUGCGACAAGGCUAUCGAACACCUCAAGAGCCAGAUCAAGGCUGCGGUUGUAGAUGGCCCUUCGACCACCAUUUCUGUUCCGCUCAAGUAUCACCAUGUCAUUUCGCAACAAGGCAGUUUCUUCCGCGGCCUUCGUUCGUACGGGGUUCAGGUCGACCAGUCAGCACAACCCACCAAGUCAGCGGUUCCUCCCCAGCCGCCAGCGAAUGGUACUGCUCGUAUCGACGAAGAUGAUGGAGAGGAGGGUGGUAUCAAAUGGGAGAUCACGGCUAACUACCAGGACGCCGAAGAGGGAGACUCGGUGUGGACUUUGAAAGCCAAGGACCAAGCCGGCCUUGAGCGUGCUGAAAAGCAAAUCAAGGACGCUAUUGAGCACGCAGAGCGCAUGUCACACGUUGGCUUCCUCACUCUUCCAGACCGCUCCCUGUUCCCUCGGAUUGUCGGUUCCAAAGGCUCUAACGUCGCCCGCCUUCGCAACGAAACUGGGGCAGACAUCACGGUCAGCCGCGAAAACAGCACUAUCGUGAUUAUCGGAACUGAGAAGGACAUUUUGGCUGCCAAAGAGGCAAUUACCCGCAUGACCUCUGCGGGUGGACGUCGCAACGGCCGGGACUGA